AUGGAGGACAACAUUCCCCCUUCCUUGAUGGCUGUGCAGUGUGAUCCUAUGGUUCCGUCCGACUCGGAUAUUCUGCCUUCUGGUGGGGGCGUGUCUGUGUUGGAUGCUGGAGUCCCUAAAAUUCGUGGGAGUGGUCCACCACCUGGUGGUACACAGAAUGUGGAUUGGUGGGAUAUUGUGAAAGGGGUCCAGGAAGAGUUGCAACAUCAGAUUGUGUUGGUGGCCCGCUAUCACAAGAUGGAUGUUAUAUUUAUUCAGGAGGAUAAUGUUAAGUGCAGGACAGCCCUUCACAUAGCAGCCUCAUAUGGUCGCGACAACACUGUGAAGGUCCUCCUCGACGCUGGAGCAGACGUCAACGCUAAAGAUGAUACCGGCGAGACAGCCCUUCAAGGGGCAGCCGCAGGUGGUCACGACAACACUGUGAAGGUCCUCCUCGACGCUGGAGCAGACGUCAACGCUACAGAUAAUGUCG